AUCCAUCAACCGGUUCAGACUGGACUGAAGGCAAUAUUAAUGUUCCUGGAGAGAAGUGUCCCAUACACCCAGCCCCCACCGUCACCGCGUGAACCCGCAACUUUCAGCCUGACCAGGCAGAUAUUUUAGAGUUAAUAGAGCAGAAAAUAAUAAUUUACACCUAUAAAAAAUAUUGUUUUUUUUUCGUUUUUAACAUAACUUUUUUCAGUUGCUUUAUGAGGUGCUUUAGGGGAAAAAAAAGUCUAAUUGGUUUUGCACGGCGCGGACACCUGUCAGGUAAACAGUUUUGUGUUUGUGCAUGCGCCUGAGUGUUUGCGUGUGCACGUUCUUCUUUAAUUUUCAAUGCUUUAAAAUUUCUGAGAAAAUAAGAAGUAUACAGUCUGACCCAGAACUCCCAGCCGUCUCAUCUCUGUGAGGGGAGACACUCCUCUGUAUGCUGGGCGCUCCGUGCGCGCAAGAGGAAGCUGCGCUCUUCCCUCCCGUAGCUGCGUUCAGGCUGCUGCUGCUGCUGCUGCUGGACCAGCAAGAACAGCUUUGAACCGGUUUUGUCGCCGGCUACAAAGCAGAUUGAAACGGAUGCACAAUGCGCAUUGUUGAUGCAUAGCGCUUUCCUUAUACACACGACAGCAUACAUUCAAGAUCAGGCAGACCAGCAUCCGCGGACGAUGUUUUCUUGUUUAUGUCAUUUGUUGUGAUUCUGUAAGACGGGAUUUCAAUAGGGAAACCAUCCUACAUGGAAAGUUCCCGUAGAGCGCGCAGCUCUGCAGGCGCCCGCUGCUGUUAUUAUAGAUGCUGAGGAACCACCGCUCUGUCAGUGCUGCAGCAGGUCCCGAGGGGCAGCAGUAAUCUCAGCACCAUGGUUCCAUCUACUAAAGUGCUGGACGGAGGCUGGGGAUGGGCAAUUGUUGUGGCCUCUUUCAUGGCCCAGCUCCUGGCCUAUGGAUCACCCCAGUCGGUGGGCGUCCUCUACCCCGAGUGGCUGCACGCCUUCCAGGAGGGCAAGGGCAUGACGGCCUGGGUGGGCUCCCUUGUGGCUGGCGUGGGACUGAUAGCCAGUCCUGUCUGCAGUGCCUGUGUGGACAACUUUGGGGCUCGUCCUGUGACCAUCUUCAGUGGCGUAAUGGUGGCGGGUGGCCUGAUGCUCAGUGCCUUUGCUCCGAAUGUGCAGUUCCUCAUCUUUUCCUAUGGGAUUGUGGUUGGCCUGGGUUGUGGUCUUGUCUAUGCAGCCACGUUGACAAUCACCUGUCAGUACUUUGACAAGAGACGCGGCCUUGCCCUCGGCAUUGUCACCACAGGCACAAGUGUCGGAGCGUUCAUCUAUGCCACGGCUCAGAACGAGCUGAUCGUGCUGUACGGCCUGGAUGGCUGCCUGCUAAUCAUCGGUGCCAUGGCGCUAAACCUCAUGGCCUGCGCCGGCUUCAUGAGGCCCCUCAACAUGCCGAGGUACUACCUCAAACAGAAGGCCGCCAUGGAGCGCAACACGGAGGAGCAGCUUUUUGAGAAGCCCCAGCUGGAUGACCUGAAGAUCACAACGGGCUCCACCGCGACCACUCCAGAGAAAACUCUGACGGUGAAGGAGCUGCUCAUCACCAUUGACGCCAAGGACUUGGCCGUUCAGACGGAGAAGAAGAAAGGCAGCUUCCUGGCUGGGUUGGCCAUCGUGAAAGUCAUCAAAAAGAAGCAGCAGGCUUACUCCAGGUACAUGCACUCCAUGUAUGAGAUCCUGCAGGACCAAGCCAUGGUGGCCUUCUGCAUCGCUGUCUUCCUGUUCAGCCUGGGGGCGUUCCCUCCCGUGCUGUUCAUAGAGGACAUAGCGCAGAGCGAGGGACUCAUUGAAGAAGUUAGUGUCAUUCCUUUGGUAUCAAUAGGGGCCAUCGCCACUUGUGUGGGUAAACUAGUGCUGGGAAUGCUGGUGGACAUCAGGUGGAUCAACAGCAUCUAUCUGUACGCCUUCACCAUGUUUGCAGGAGGUGUGGCGUUACUCCUUAUCCCUAUCACUAAAAGUUACGUGGGACUGCAGAUCCUCUCUGCUGUCCUGGGUUUCUUCUCUGGAAACUGGUCUCUCACCUCUUACAUUACCACUAAGAUUGUCGGCUUGGACAGACUGACGCAAGCUCACGGCAUCCUCAUGUUCUUCGGGGGAUUUGGGAUCAUGCUUGGACCCCCUGUUGUAGGGUGGUUCUUUGACUGGACGCAGUCAUAUGAUUUGGCGCUCUACUUUAGUGGGAGCUGUGUGGAGCUGGGAGCAAUCAUUCUCUUUCUGCUCAACCUUCCCUGCUGGAACAGGAAGCACUCUGAGAACGACAGACCAGAUGUCCAUUACACCAGCAACUGUGACAAAGUUGCCUCUGUAGCCUGAAUAUAGCCUGAGCCUGAGCACCUUUCAUAAGGACUCAAAUCUUACCCCUACUGCCCAGCAAAUGCCCGCUGAUAAACUGUACCUGAACCACGUCUAGCAGGAAUUUCUUUUCUUUGAGUAUACAGGGGGUCCCCCCCCCCCUUUUUCCUGCUGCCAGGUUUUAAUACACCAAAAUACUUGCAGAGGUUUUGAAAUACAGGCCUUUCCUCUGUACUUUGCCUGCAUUUCUCAGGUUCAAACCACAUACUGCAGAUCUUUUUAAAGGUUUGACUCGGAUGCCUGUGUUGAUUCUUUAUUAUUGCCUCAUUUUACGAGGUCAACUGAACAAUGCUGUUCAACUCCCAAAUUUUUCACUGUGUUUAUGGAAACAGUGGUUUUCACUUCAUUAUAACGCUGAAAAAAGACAUGGUGCCGUUCAUAAUGCUGGGAAGACAAACACCUGUAAAGUUGAUGGUUAACUGGUAACAACAUUUGAAACCACUCUGCAAAUGCACAAAAAUCUCCCAGGAAUAUGGAACAGAGAACACAGGGAUUGGAGUGACAGAGGGAGCCUCUUUUGAUAAUUGUAAUUUUAAUAACACAUUUUAUUUUGUAUUUUGGUUUCAGUAUAUAUCUUAAUUACACCACUAUGUAUCUUACCAAAGCAUCAAUGAUAGUCAAUGCCUGUCAACACAUAAUGCCUGUUGGAACAAUACAACGCCUUGCUUUAUAGAUAAUUUUUGUUUUCAAGUGCAUUGUCUCAAUUUAUAUAUUUUUAAAAAUGGUUUGAGUUCCAUACCUCCUGUUUAUGGAUUAGACUGAGACUUUUUGAAUAAGUCAUGCUGAUUCAAAAACAUGUAAAAACACUGAGGAGAUCCUACUGUAUUUCCAGCCUUAGGAGCAUGUUGAUUCUCUUUGUGGCAUGAUUAUCAUGACCCCUGCUGGUGUUCAUUUUGACCAGGCUGGUCCUUUUCCAUCACGUAUGUAUAUGUUUAUGUGUACAUUGUGAUUGUAUGUGUCUGCACAUGCAUGUUCGCAUACCUGCACAGGUUUAUGUGUGUGCAUUGAUUUGUAACUUUUGUAUUAGCACUUAUUUGUAAAGUCCUAUGUGCUAGUGACUUUUAUAUGCACAAAACCAGCCGUAGAGCUGUGGAAAAAAUUUUUGUUCAAGUUGGAAGUUGAUUAUUGUGAUAAUCGUAAUGAAUACAUUGCAACAGACUUUUAGAAUCACUUGAAUGUUGUUAAAUAGACCACUACAAAUGUCUGUUUGAUAGUUCCAGUUUCAGACGUAAGAAUAAAUCUGGGACAAUAUUGUUUGCUUUUUGUGUUUGUAGGGGAUAUUCACAGGGUGCACAUGAGGUACAAUUAGUACUGACCUAGAAGAGACAGUAUGUCAAGUUGUCACCUUUUAGCUAUUCUUAUUUUUUUAUGCCAGUAUUAUAAUAUUUAUGUCUGUAUUUCUGAUUUAUUAUUUUAUUUAAAAAGUGCCAAUAAAAGGUAUUUGGAUUAAA